AGUAACACCGUUUCGACCUUCACCCUAACCAAAAUGGCGACCACUGUUACUGCCAGACUGCACAACACUAUGUUUAAAUCGGGAAAGCUCUGUUCUGCGUUAAGGUUUAGGGUGUGUGGUGUACAGCAGUAUGGAAGGUCAAUCUACACCUCUGGUUCCAAGCUCAAGGACAUGUACUGGAAUGAUAAAACAGUGGAUGGAGAACCAUUAUUUGAUAAAAUACUUAUCGCAAAUAGAGGAGAGAUUGCUUGCAGAGUCAUUAAUACAUGCAGGCGUCUUGGUAUUAAAACAGUUGCUGUCCAUAGCGAGGCUGACUCAAUGGCCGUUCACAAGAGAAUGGCAGAUGAGGCAAUUUGUAUUGGACCAGCUCCAACAAACCAGAGUUACCUUGUGAUGGAGAAUAUUCUCAAAGCUGUCCAGGACACUGGUGCUCAGGCAGUACAUCCAGGGUAUGGCUUCCUGUCAGAAAAUACAGUGUUUGCUGCAAAACUGAAUGAAAUAGGUGUUGAGUUUAUUGGACCAAAUUCAGAGGCUAUACGAGCUAUGGGAGAUAAGAUUGAGAGUAAAAGAAUAGCAACUAAAGCUCAGGUGAACAUGAUUCCCGGACAUGAUGGUGUUGUAUCUGAUGCUGACCAUUGUGUAACACUAGCCAAUGAAAUAGGUUAUCCAGUGAUGGUGAAAGCCUCAGCUGGAGGUGGUGGUAAGGGAAUGAGGAUAGCAUGGAAUGACAAGGAGUGUAAAGAAGCAUUUAGAUUAUCAUCACAAGAGGCAGCGUCAAGUUUCGGAGAUGACCGUAUGUUGAUUGAAAAGUUUAUUGAUAAUCCGCGUCACAUAGAGGUACAAGUGCUUUGUGAUAAACAUGGUAAUGGUAUCUGGCUUAAUGAGAGGGAAUGCUCUAUACAGAGAAGGAACCAGAAAGUUAUUGAAGAAGCCCCAAGUGUGUUUGUUGACCCAGUAAUGAGGAAGAAGAUGGGAGAUCAGGCUGUACAGUUAGCUCAUGCAGUAGGCUAUGAUUCUGCAGGUACUGUUGAGUUUCUGGUGGACUCUAAGAAGAACUUUUAUUUCUUGGAGAUGAACACAAGACUUCAAGUAGAACAUCCUAUAACAGAGUGUAUUACAGGCAUAGAUAUUGUACAUCAGAUGAUACGAUCUGCUAAAGGAAAAGAGUUAUUAUACAAACAGUCUGAUGUACCAGUAGAUGGAUGGGCAGUGGAAUGUAGAGUGUACGCUGAAGAUCCAUUUAAAAAUUUCGGCAUGCCAUCCAUUGGUAGAUUGUACAAAUAUAUAGAACCUUCCCAUAUUCCAAAGGUGCGAUGUGAUAGUGGUAUACAGGAAGGUUCACAGAUUAGUAUCUAUUAUGAUCCAAUGAUCUGUAAGUUAGUUACAUAUGGUGAUUCUAGAACAGAAGCUCUGGAUACCAUGACUACAGCCUUGGAUUCCUAUGUUAUUAAAGGGGUUACACACAACAUCCCAUUGUUAAGAGAUAUUAUAACUGAAAAGAAAUUUGUAUCAGGGGAUAUUACAACAAAAUAUUUACAAACUGUCUUCCCAGAUGGUUUUCAGGGUAAAUCACUGUCAAAUACAGAACUAAAAGAAUUAACAGUGCUGGCAGCUUGUAUUUACACAAAGGAACAAAUUAUUGCUCGAACUUUUAAAAACCAGGAUAGAAUUCCAUUGAUGCGUAAUCUACCAUUGACAUGGCAUCUUAAUGUUGAUGUAGCUGGUGUAGAUAUCUCACUAGAAGUUCGAUACAUCAAAGGUAAAUACGAGGACAAGUUUGAGGUACAAAUAGGAGAGCGUGUGUACACUGUAGGGGACACAAUUAGUUUCUCAACUCCUCUUCUUGACAUCAAGUUGGAUGGCCAGUCACGUCUGCUACAACUGACACAAAAAUUAGGUGGUGGCAGAUUUGAUAUCAGAUUUUUAGGAACUGUGUUCCCAGUGCAUAUAAUGGAUCAGGUUACUGCUGAAUUACAUGACUUAAUGCCACAGACAGUGGAAGUAGAUCUAUCAACUGUUGUUCUAGCACCUAUGCCAGGGAUGUUGAAAUCUGUAUCUGUUAGUGAAGGAGACAGUGUUUCAGAAGGGCAGGAAGUGGCUGUCCUGGAAGCUAUGAAGAUGCAGAAUAGUUUAGUGGCAGCUAAAACUGGCAAGGUAAAGAAAGUGAGUUUUAAAACAGGUCAAACAGUUGAUGAGGGAGAUGUUCUUGUGGAACUCGAGUAAAUCACUGGAUAAUUAAAGCAGUAAAACUAUCAUCGGCAGAAAUCUCAGAGCUUGUAGAGUAUACUGAUAGUAAACUGUACUAUUGAGAGUUAGUUCCCUUUGUGAGUUAGUCCCCAUAUCUACCAAGUGUGAUGAUCAAAUGAUCAAAAUUGAUUUUAAAUGUGGAAUCGUCACAGCUUUGGAAGAUUACUUUUUUUGUUGGGAAAAUAUUCCUGAUAGGUUAAAAUUUCUUAUAGAUAUUUAUACAAGAGAUGUUAAAGAAUUUGUUACCUUUGAUUGUAUUUUCCAUCUGCUUAAUGCAUAUAUUCUUUAAAUGCUGUUGUACGAAUUGUGUAAGUAGAGAUUUUCGAAUUAACUGUAGAAUGUAGUUUAGACAAUGUUUUUUAAGAUGUUAAUGAAUUUUGAUCAGUUAUAAACCCUAUGUAAAUGUACUGCCAUUGAAAGCAAUAAGUGUGAAAGUACUGCUGUAAAUUAGUGGUGUAGAAGAUUCAUUUUGUCUUUAUUUUUUGUCGAUUUAUGCAGCAAUUCAUCAAACUUAUAACAUUUAUGCACAUGAUUUAAAAGAGGGAAAUACAAAUAGCAUAUAAACACAAAAAACAAAACAGAACAGAACAGAUACUUAUUUUUACUUGUACAGGUACAAAUUGUCUUACAUGUAUAAUUAAGUAUACAAUAAAUAUAUACAUGAAAUACCAGUCAGAUAUAAACAUGCCCUUUACUAAUCAAUGCACGUGAUAAUAGAUAAACCCUUAACCAGCUGAAACUGAAAGUGAUUAACCAUUGCCAACAGUAUAGAGUCAGGCUAGCCAGUUUUUGUGUGCAGCCCUACAGCUUGAUGCUUUGAUUCGAUUUUUUUUAAAUUGGCACAAUAUCCUUUACAUGUUUUCUUCUCUACAAGGGGAUGUGAAAUUUGAAAUUAUUGUUAGCCAUUGUGAGAUAAAUAGAAAUUGGUAAUGGACAACAAAUCAAAAAAAUAGAUGCUGGACAAAUCUAUAUAUAAAUUUCAGUAGGUAAAGAUUAAUAUAUCUAUCAUAUAUCUGUGAUGUAGAAAGAAGUUCUUUCUAACAAAUUAGUUGAGUUCUUAUUUAUAAGAAUCAAUUUAAGAGUACAUUACUUUUCUGAAAAAUAAAUAACAGAAUCAAUAUUAAAAGCUACUGCUGUUGAAUUUUCCAGGUACAUAUAAUGUAUAAAUAAGACUGUAAUAUGAAAUUUUUAUUUUUUGUCUAUAUAAAACAGAUUUUUGUAAAUUAUUAAUUUGAAACCACUUACUGGGCAUUUAAAAUAUCUUAAACAUAUCUGCAUAUUAAAACUUUGUAGUCUUGUCUGUUUUAAUGUCAAGGGCCAUGUUAAUUGUUAGGUUUUUGGUUUUUUUUUGCUCAAUUUUACGGUUUUGUUGUUCAUUUUUUUAUGGUUUGGUUGUUUCCUUAUUUACCGUCAUGAUUAUACAUGUUUUUUUUUUGUUGUGUGUGUGUUAUGAAUUUGGUAAGGAUGUGUGUAUGGCAAUAAGGUCUUUAAUGAAAUAUUUAGUCAUUUGUUGGAUGAUAUUAUAUUUUAAUCAUGUUGUAAUUUGUAGAAAAUACUCAUACUACUGUAUUGAUAGGAAAUUGCAUUUUAUUCUUGCCUAACUUAGUCGCUAGUUACAAAAAUAUGAUAGAAUUUAAACAUUACUUAGCUGCAAAAUAAGAAAGAAUAUAUUGAAAGCAAUUUGAAUUAGAUUACUUUUAGCAGUGAACCUAUCAUGUGUGUAAUUAACAUUUAUAUGAAACAAAGAUUAAAUUUGCCAAAGCCUCUUUUUGAUGCUGAUUUUCUUUUCAGGAAAGAGUUAAAUCAGGAAAACCAGUAUAAUUACAUGUAUAUAUUCAUCAGUAAUAUACUGUUUCAUCUAAGGAAAUAUGCUGAUUGUUAACUUAUGAUUGUUGUAAUUGAUUGUUGUAUAAAGAAGAACGUUUAACAUUUUGUAACAAGUUGAUAAUAGCAAUUUUAUUAAUGGACUGUGUUGAUAGAACUGUCAGGGAUUGUAAACUAUCACAAAUUUUGCUAAUUAUGUAUGAACAUUUAUUAACAAUUCAGCAAUAGGACAGCAUGAGUUGUUUCCCUUGUACUAUAAAUAUUAAAUUUAUAUCUGAAACAGUCGUAAAAUACUUUAAUGGCUUCAAUAUUUCUUUGGUUUAAACAAGAUGAUUUUAUUUCAGGAUUGUACUUAAAUCUGCCCUAUAAGAUGUGAUAUUCUUCAUGGUUUUAAUGUUUUUAAUGAUUUCCUAUACUAAUAUUUAGGUCAGUCAUUUACAUCUCUAACUCUAAGAACAUAUGACCACCACCAAAUUGAUUUGUUGCAGCUGGGACAAAGUAUGAUCGUUAUUGUAUGUCCCAGGUUGCAGUGUUAUUUUUUUGUUGGUGAUGUUGAUGUUUGAUAUUUUUACUCUUUUUAUGUAACAGAAGGGAAAUAAAAAAAGAACAUUAAUAUAAAAGUGUGAAUUAAAAAUAGGAUCUCAUUUAUGUGUGAAGGUAUUUGUGUUUUGAUGUAGAUUAAUAAUUUUCUAUAAUUUGUGAAGUUUUUUUUUCUCUAACCGGUGAAAGACAUCAGGAAAGAUAAUAAGUCAAUGAUUUAGAAAAGUAUGUUUAAUAAAAUUGUGUUGAUUUUCUGUCAUUAUUUUUAACUGACUUGUUACCCUCUCAGAACUUGAGAUUAGGGUUCCUGAAUACAGCCAAAUUUCCAAAUCUUAAACCGUUUGAAUAAUUGUUUUUGCUGCUCUUACUUAUUUUUUCUCCUCAAUAAUGUCCUGAGCUGAAAGUUAUACUUACAAGGUUACGCAGGGGGAAGAACACACUCGGUUUACAUAUGCAGUCCAGUUCACAUAUACAGUAUGAAUCUGUAAAUGCAUUAACAAAUUCAAGCUAUCUCAGUCACCACAAUAUGCCUGUGGCACUGAAAACCUAACAACUGGUUUCAUACACUCAAAGACUGCCCAAUUGUAGAACAAUACAAUAGAUGUUGUAGCACAUUAAGAACAGAGAAAUUUGUGUACUUUUAUUGAAUGAAAUAAUUCGGGUAUAAAGCAAUCUUAUUAUAUAAAUUCAGGUAGGUUGAAUCAGUAUUGUAUUUUUGUUUCAGAAUUGAGAUGUUUACAAUAAGUAAAAUAAAUAAUUUGAAUGUCACAGUAAAAGCUAUAAAUAGACAUUUGUAAAUGAUGAAAAAAUUGUUAAAAAGCCCUCCUUUUUUUUUUUGGAAAAAAAAUUAAGUCUUAUGAAAAAAAUUGUGUGGUGGCAUUUGAAAGGUUUUAAUAGUCUGUUAAAAUUUUAAUUGUAAACAAUGAUAAAAUAUUGAACAAUUUCUACCUCUUUAUAUAAAUACACUGUAUAUAUCACAUAGCACACAAUAAAACUAGAUUUAACAUCUUUAUAAUGAAACAUGAUUUAUGUUUGUACUUUCAAAUUGAAUUUGUUUCAGGUAAUUACAAAAUUUUGGUAUGUUUUACUAUUCAUAGAAAUGAAAGACUUAUUAAAUGAUAAACAGGAUACUUGUAUAAAUACAGAAACAGAAUUGUGCAGCUUGUUUGCCCAUGUAAUAGCUGUAGAAACCAUGAUAAAAGUUUUACUUAUAUCAACUGUUUAUUGCUAAUGUUUUGUUCAUUAUUUCUGUAAUCAUAGUGCUACAAUAUUUUUCUUUUUUUUCAAAUUAUUGUUUUUAGUUAUUUUUAUAGAUAACAAUAAACAUGUGUUUGUCUAAUUUAGAUAUCUUUAUGUUACAUGUAUAUAAGUAAAUGUUGUAAACGGCAUGUCACGUUAAUGUUGCAUAAUAAUCAUGCCUCAAGAUAUAAAAUAUUUAGGCAAAUUUAAUUUUAUUUUUCAUUUAUGACUUUGCUAAUCACCUGAAGCAAAUAUUUUGUUAUCUGAAUAUUUUUAUAGAAUAAAUUAACCUGUUCAAGUUGUUGAAUUAAAAUCAGAUUAACUUUAUCAGAAUAGUUGACAUUAAUUUAUAUAUAUUUCUUUGUCUUGAUAACGUUACUUCAUGUUCAAGGUUAUUUUGAUGUAAGGGUAACGUCUCUGGCUUGUAUUCUGACCUGCAUUUACCAUUAAAUGAAUAAUUCAUUAAUAUUAAGAGCUGAAAUGUUAAAUAGAUUGCAGCAACAGAGAUUUAUUUAACACUUUGUUAUAUUUGCUUUCACAUAUUAAGUGGUAAAUGUCUGUUGUUUGUUUUAAUACAAAUUUAUGAUGUUAUUUUGUAGAGCAAUGUAUAUUAGGUAGUUAGAUGGCAAUUUAGUAACCACUUUUGUAGAAUAUGCAUUGUUGGUUUUUGUAAUAAAAUAUUUAUUGAU